GCAGCGGCAGUUUGUUGGAUGUGAGCGAGAAUUUACCAAUUUAAAUUCAAAAUUAGGAAAAGAAUAUUUUUUAUAAUUUAUAUUUUCCGUCCCUUGUUGGCUUCUUACUGUUCGUUCUCCGACCAUCCAUCCGUCAACCAUCAUCCCUCUCUCGCGCUUCUCCACAAAUCGAUCUCUUGUUCCCCGUCUGCGCGGACGCCUUCGUCGAUCGAGUAGUUGAUCGCACAGGAUAGGAAGGAGUGGAGAGGAGAGGGCGGAGAGGGGUUGCUUGGUUUUCUUAAAAGGGGGCCGAUCCCGUGCCGCUUGGUCGGCUUCGGUUUAUCCGUCUUAACCAGGAGGUUCAAUUUGCUUUAAUGCCAGAUCAAAAGAACUUUGCUCAACCCUAUGACGAUUCAUUUGAAUUUAAACCUGGUUCCAGUUCAAGCAGCGCGAUGAAUCAGCGAGUUUUGUGGAAUAACAUGCUUUUCAAUCCAACAGAGGUUCAGAGUAUGACAGGUCGGACAGCAUCACCUGAAGAUAUAAAUAUUCCAUGCCUAAACAUGGCUAAUCAAGAUGAUGCUCAAUUGAGUAUUUGGGGCUCAAGAGGCUCUAGUUCUUCUAGUCAACACCAUCAACAAGGUAUCCGUGAAGAUAAUAAAAGGGAGCAUGGCUGGACACCAUCUAUAACAAUUACUUCUCGAAGGGGGCCUACGAUAGAAGAAAAUCAUUCUUAUGGCUCUCCUAUUCUUUCAUUGGAUACUGCCAAUAGAAGUCUUAAUGUUGCUCAGGUUGAUGGUAUCCCAUCCUUUCCACAAAAUAAUCCUCGGUUCAACAAUUUGCAGCAGAACAGAGAGAUUGCUGCUGCUCAAGUUGGUUCAGGCAACGAUCUCUCAGAGUCAGUACUAUCCCAUCCUCCUUAUAUGUUGGGUUUGUUUGAUGGUGAAAGUGUUUCUGUGCCAAUUGAUUUAUCCAUUUCUGGUGAAAGUUCUGAGAAUGUUGGUCUUUUGAGGGAAGAUGAUGACAGACCAGAAAAUUUAUUGGAUGAACGACGCAUUUCCUGCAAGAGAAAGAACAGUGAAGGUUUCCUUGGACAGUCUUCAGUAAGUGCAAAUGCAAGCUCUUCUCAGCAAGGGGACAGUAGUUUUCUGUAUUCUCAUAUAUAUAAUCCUGUGACUACAAGCAUUUCUAGCUCUGCAGAGUAUCCUUCUAUUGCACCUCCUCCUGAAGAGUAUCCUGCUACUUUGGCAAGAGGAGUCGCCUCUGAUUGCUAUGCCUCACCAAGUACAGCAGGGCAUGCAGAGACCUCACGGAGGAAUCACCGUGUGAGAAUUAACCCUGCUUUGGCACAUCCCAAUUCAUGGUUAGUAAAUACUACUAGGCAAUCAGAUUCCUGGCUAUAUAAUCAACCACCUUCUUUUAGUAUCUCACCAAAUCAGUCUCUUGAGCCGACACAAGUACUACCUCCUACAAGUUCUCAAAACCAACCUCUUAUACCAGUUGUUCCUGGUCUACCCCAAAUUGUAUAUCAUUUUCCAUGGAGUGGACCUUCAAAUUCAAGAAUUGGUACAUCAUCAGGCUCAUUUAGUGCGGAGGACAGAAGUUUUGCUGCAAGAGAGGCGAACCAGUCUAGUAAUAUGUUGGCUCGCAGCAAUUUGGAACUUGUUCCUGCAACAAGUGUAAGGAACAUGUCACAACAUCGCACAAACAGGAACUUAGAUGGUAGAAUUGUAAACAUGGCUAUGAAUUCACAGGCUGGUACAAGCUCAGGGUUGCAUCCAACAUUAGGAUCUUCUUGGGUACCUCGUCAAAAUCCUACACAAUUUUCUCAACCCUUAGCAGAAGCUACUUAUCGACCUUUGUUUCAACCUGGAAGCUCUGAAUCUGGAGGCCAGGGCAUUAACUUCCCUCCACAACAUUCUGGUCAUUCUUUGAGCUCACAGGAGGUAGCUCAGAUUAGAGCAAGUUUGCGUGGCCCACCACCAACAUCACAUGCUAGGUCACCAAAUUUGUUGAGAAGGCGCAAUCAUGGCCUUUUUAGUGCUCCCAUAUCUCUGAGAAAUUUAACGGCUGCAGGGGAGGAGAGAAGUAGGAUGUUGUCAGAGAUCCGUCAUGCAUUGGAAUCCUUGCGCCGAGGGGAUGGUCUUCGACUUGAGGAUGUCGUUAUCCUUGAUCAGACUCUAAUUUUGGCGGGCAGUGAUUUGCAUGAUAGGCACAGAGACAUGCGUCUUGAUGUUGAUAAUAUGUCGUAUGAGGAACUCUUGGCAUUGGAAGAGAGGAUAGGCGAUGUCUGCACCGGAUUGAACGAGGAAAAAGUUAUCAAGUGUCUGAAGCAGCAAAAGCAUUCAUCAACUAUGGAACAUGAUGAACCAUGUUGCAUCUGCCAGGAAGAAUAUGUUGAAGGCGAUGAACUCGGGAUCUUGGAUUGCGGGCACAACUUCCACACAGCCUGCAUUAAGCAGUGGCUAAUGCACAAGAAUCUCUGCCCCAUUUGCAAAAAUAGUGCUCUUCACACAUGAUAUAAAACUCGAUCGAGGAUCCUCCUCAAAUAACUUGAUUCGUCGCAUUGGAUUAUUGUAACCUAAAAUCAAGUGCUAAACUGCUUUAUUUGCAAAGAUUCCAACUGUCAAAUUUUGCCAAUGGCUCGAAUUGGAGCCAAUUGACUGAAACUACCCUACCUUUUUCAAUAAUCAAGCAAACUCUAAACUGUUCGAAAUA